AUGCAUCAAUACCCUCGACCGCCACCUCUCACAGCCUCCCCCGCAACCUCUGAGCAAACGAACCCCAGCCGCACAAAUAACCCAAGAGAUCGAGACGUUCAGGCUCUCAGAACGACCUCUCCUCUCACCCAAGGCUCCGGUUCUUCGGAGGACUUUGCUUCUACCCGUCAAGAUCAACCUGCGGACAACCCCGGCGUCCAAAUGCAGAGGCUCAACCAAGUCAUCCAGAACUUCCACACCAAGUCUGCCUUGAUCAUCCUGCAGUCUCGGGUCGAAUUGGCUCCGGCGUACUCUCAGAAGACAAACGACAAGAGGGUGAACCGGUGGUUCAACAUUGACAUCGAGGAGACGGAUGAGUACAAAGAUGACAUCAAGAGGUGGAAGACUUGUGAUGUCGAAUACAACAGACCUCCUCCGUUGGUCAUAGAGGUUUUCUUGAGCACCGAGUCCUUGCAGCAAGGUCAGCGGUUAGUCAUUGUGGACGACGAUGGGAAGAGGUGGGAUGUCAUGAACACGUUGAUGUCGGCCGGCAGUGCUUCGCGUGGAAGUCAGCGUCGAAUGGCAGACAUUGACGAAGUGAUCCUCGAGCGAUGGACCAUCGAACUCGGCGAACCGGCAGCUCCCAUUCCUCCGGACCUAGCCAUGGUGCUGCCACUGGUCUACAAAAAGAGCAUCGUUUUCUUCAGAUCUCUCUACACCUACAGCAAUUUCCUGCCCGCUUGGAAACUGUCAAGAAAGAUUGGCAAAGGACGCUCCCAUAUGGCCUUGAAGCUGGGCUAUAGAUUGAUCGACGGCUCUCGAAUGCGGAGCUUGUCUCGCUCCGACAAUCUAGGCACGCGACUCUUCGACAGCAACUCGGGCGUCUUGUUGUCCUACGAUUUUGGCGUCACAGAUUCACCUGCUGGGCCGUUUUCAGUCAAGGUUGAUUAUCGCCAGAAUUGUGAUUUCCGGAUAGACGACUCCGAGGAGCUGUUAAGCUCUCGAUUCUUGGGGGCGGACGACGAGUUAUUCCGGCCAUCAUUACCUAGUGAGAAAGCGCCGAGGGCAGAGAUCGGAUCUCUACCUGCAGAUCGACGACAGAGGUUAUUGGAACAGGCAGAGUUAGGUCACGCAUAUGGGAGCCUAACAAGCUUCCACCAAGCAGGUAUUGCUACAGGGACCGAUCCUAUCUCGGCUUUGCGAAACGCUCAAGAUUUCAAUGCAAGCUCUCCUCCUACUACAGAACCAGCCAGGCCAGCUGUGCCCUCACAUUCAGCUGGCCAGAGCUCGCGAAACUCUCUCAGAGCUGUAGCAGCUAAUCGACGCAGUUCAACCUCAUUUCCUGUCCAACCAUUCAAGACACCCACUUUGUCAGCAUCUCCUCUUGGCGUCUCUCCUAUGGCCAGUUCGCCGAGAACUCAUUCUGCUCGGCUCCCCGUCCUAGGCUCCUUGACGGAAGAAGGCAUUCCUCCACCCGCAGCGGCUCCUGUUACUUUGGCCGGGCGACGAGCUGGAUCUCUCGCCUCGGACAAUGCCAUUGCCUCCUCGACCUCGAGUUCUCCCAAACCUGCUCCAGUUACGCGAUACAGCAGUAGUUUCAGCCACAGGCGAGCACGGCUUUCCUCAGGAGGUACAACCAUACGAACAGACGAAGAUCAGACAAGCAGUGGAAGAGGAAGUGCGACGUCGUCUGCACAGCCUGGUUCGGGAUUGAUGACAGAGGGAGCUACAGGAGGUGGGAGCUCAGGCUCGAUGGCAGAUGACGACGGUGAGAACAUCUCCAGUUUCUUGAAGAUGCUGGAGCUGCAAAAAGAUCUCCUUACACCGACAACCCCCACUGCUGCCGAAGCAAACACGAGGAGAACCGCUGCUGCUCUGAAUCGAUAUCACAGAAUGCGAGAUUCCAAUACUGCGCUGUCGGAUUCUAUGUCUUCAUCAUUAAUGUUGCAGAGAUCAUCCGCUUCUUCCAGUCGACAAAUGUCUGGAGUGCCUCCUAUGGUGGCGGGAACUUCGAUCUCAACCUCGUCCUCUCCUGGAAAGCCAAUAUCUCCUCAUACGCCGCACACGCCGUUCGCUCCGUCUCGACUUAGUGCUGCUUACAGUCACGAUGACACUGACGAGCCCCAUCGUCUGGCCCCCGAAGAACCACCUUCACCCUCUGAAGCUGCAACAGAGGAGACUGCACACGCUCAGUCAACCUCCAAUGUACCUGCCAUUGAUAUUCCCAACUCUCCCAGACCUUUUACGUCAUACCAGCGUUCAAGUUCUGCUCAGCGUAGACCAUUGAGCUCAGACGAGGAUAUUGGUGAUCUCUAUGGGAUGCGAAGUGCCAGCAUGGGAGCUGAUCGUCGGGGUCAUCGCCGGGAGUCUGCUCAGGAUCAUGCUGAUGGAGCUGUCGGCGGCGGACAGGGAUCAUUACGACCAACGUCCAUCGGUUCACCUCGACGAUCGUCCCAAGUUCACCGGCAUUCUGCCCUUGCAACGGCCAUGACAAACGAUGACGGCGCUUCUGAUUCUGCCUCGGGACGGUCCUCUGCUAAUAUUUCCCGUCAUCAGAUGGCCAGCAGAAAUGGGCUCGGACGACGAGUCACACCGCCUCAAGGAUCUACGUCAAGUAUGGGUGGAACACGAGCUAGCAUUGACCCCGGAGGCAGCAGUGGCAGCGUACCGUGGCGAGGUAGAAGUAGUGGGAGUCGACCCGAAAACCGCUUCGACGAUGACGAUCUUUUGCCUUUUGCAAUGGAAAAGAGCGAUUUCAAUACGGCCGGGAGAGCUGAUGGUGUCAAUGAGGGAAGCUGA